UAACGUAUGUAAUUUUUUUUUUUGAGUAAUAUGUUAAAUUUAUUCAAGAAAAAAGCUUUGGUACAUCAUGUGUAACUUGAUUUUGUUUAACUGAACAUUUUAACUAAAAGAUAGCCUUACACCCGACAUAAAAAUUUGAAAUUUAUGCUUGUGAAGCAAAACUAUCGCUGCAAAAGAGCUCCAUGCUUUUGACUCCCCAUUGCUGAGAUAGACAGGCAAUUGUUCUUGACUUGGCGGUCAAUAAACCGGACCAGGGAUGCGACUGGCACCGGUACUGAACCAUUGUAAUUUACUUAUUUUGGUCCAUUAUAAGGCUGCUUUUAGAAGAAAAAAAAAACUCAAGUAUCUUAUGAUUAAUUGGUGUAACUAAUCCUAAAUUAUGUUCUGAUCAUUGAGUCCUAGAUAAUAUAGUUAAUGAAGUUUGACAAUCCAAAUUCUUGUGACCUUCCUGGAAGGACAACUCAUGAUGGAGGCCAUAAAGGUCAACGUAAUGUUACACUCACAAACUGAAGAAUCAAUAUUUAUAUUGCCUUCCUAUGUCGCAAUCGUUCUAAUCAAGUGGCAGCUUGCGUAUUCUCGAGUAUAUUAUAAUAUUAUGUCGAUCAAAUUGAAGAACAAAAAAAGAUAUAUAGAUACAUGUAACGAUUGUUAUCCAAAAAAAAAAAAAAAAUACAUGUAAUUUUUUUUGCUACAAUUAUCGACCUACCAUUCGAAAGCCUAAAACACACUCUUUGGUUGACACAGUGAUUAAUUUAGAGUGUAACUGGUAAAACGAUAAAGAAAUUGAUGGAAUGAAAAAAAUUGAAAUGAUAAAAAUGGAAUACAGCAAAAAAUAAAAUUGAAUUCAUUUCAUUCAUUCGUAACCAAAUUUGUUUUGGAAUCAUUCCUCUUUGUAUUUAUCUAUUUUUUGUGGAUUGAUAGAAUAAGUGUUUCAUUCAAUUCAUGUAAAAUGGUGAAUUAAUAAAAUAAAGCAUUUCACAUCAUUCAAUUCCAAAAAUUAACAAUCCAGUUGCAUAACAGCCUAAGUAAAUCUCUCUUUUGAACAUUGACUUUAUAAACCAACUGACUUGAAACAAAGACUGGUUCUUACUUAGAGAGACUGUUUCAGCCGCCAAGAAUGGUUCUUACUUAGAGAGACCAUUCAGCCAGCCAAAUGGACCGGCACACCACCAGUAUUAUUAAUUGAAAUUAAAUAAGAAGAGGCUAAGCCUUGGUUAUAAAAAGAAGUAACAAAGAUCCAUCAAAUCAUCAUCAUACUCAAACACUACAUAGAACAAAACACACAACAUCAGCCUCUCUCUCUCAAUAUAUUUGCUUCUAAUCAGUGUGGUAACUGACGGUGAAAGAAAGAUACUAAAAGAAAAAAAAAAUGGGAAUCCUUUUUGAAGAAACCGUAAGCUCUGACCCCAAAACCCAAAUUGUUAUUGAUGAUGAUAAUGAGCUGGGUUUGAUGGCCGUGAGACUAGCCAAUGCUGCCGCCUUUCCGAUGGUUCUCAAAGCUGCUCUUGAGCUCGGUGUCUUUGACACUCUCUACGCCGCCUCUGUGUUCCUCUCACCUUCAGAGAUAGCAUCUAGGCUACCAACCACACCUCGUAACCCAGGGGCGCCAGUUUUGUUGGACCGGAUGCUUCGUCUACUCGCUAGCUAUUCCAUGGUCAAGUGUGAUACGGUCCAAGCUGGAAAGGGCGAGAGGGUCUACAGAGCCGAGCCAAUUUGUAGGUUUUUCUUGAAAGAUAACAUUCAAGACAUUGGAUCCCUUGCUUCACAAGUCAUUGUCAAUUUUGACAGCGUCUUCCUUAAUACCUGGGCCCAAUUGAAAGAUGUGGUGCUAGAAGGAGGAGAUGCAUUUGGCCGUGCACAUGGUGGCAUGAAACUCUUCGACUAUAUGGGAACAGAUGAGAGAUUCAGCAAGCUCUUUAACCAGACCGGAUUCACAAUUGCAGUUGUGAAGAAGGCUCUUGAAGUCUACGAAGGCUUCAAAGAUGUGGAAGUGUUGGUUGAUGUAGGAGGAGGAGUUGGCAACACCCUUGGUGUUGUUACUUCUAAAUAUCAUCAUAUUAAGGGUAUUAAUUUUGAUCUGACUUGUGCCUUGGCACAAGCACCUUCUUACCAUGGUGUAGAACAUGUGGCCGGAGAUAUGUUUGUGGAUGUUCCAACUGGAGAUGCCAUGAUCUUGAAACGUAUACUUCAUGAUUGGACUGAUGAAGACUGUGUAAAAAUUCUUAAAAACUGUUGGAAAUCACUACCAGAAAACGGUAAAGUUGUUGUCAUAGAAUUAGUCACUCCUGACGACGCUGAGAAUGGUGACAUCAACGCAAACAUUGCCUUUGACAUGGACAUGUUGAUGUUCACCCAAUGUUCCGGUGGGAAAGAGAGGUCACGAGCUGAGUUUGAAGCUUUGGCUGCAGCUUCUGGCUUCAACCAUUGCAAAUUCGUUUGCCAGGCUUAUCACUGCUGGAUUAUUGAGUUCUGUAAAUAAAAUGUAUAAGAAUACAAACCUAAAUCUACAUAAUAACCAAGUUUCAAUUCUUUGUUUUUAAUGAAUAAUGAGCAUACCCUUUUGUAUUCUAGCAAUUUCAUACAAAAACGAAGCUUCUUAUUUUAUCUCAUUGUACUCUUUAAGAACAAGAUUUAAUUAAAUUUUGUCACAA